AUGAAGCGGUCGCGAUUUGAUGGAAAAGCGCCGUCUUUUGCGCCCGCCGUCACCAUGCAUCCGCAGCAGCAGCAAAGGAUUGAGGAGCGUGGCGCCAACAAUCGUGUGGUUGUGAAUUCACCGUAUGGUUGUAGUCGCGCUCGGUAUGGCUGGGGGAUGCCUUUUCACACCCCGCUUUUGGCCUACGUGCCGGGGUGUCCCGCGAUUCACAUUGGCAUCAGCUCAUUGAGCGGCGUGCCCGGGAGGGAUCGACGCAUGAAGACACUUUUCGCACAGUACGCCAAGAAGUUUAACUCUCUAGAGCACUGCUACACAUUCCACAAUAUGGGUGAAGAGACGAUGUGGAAAAACUGGAGAGACAUGUGUGCAUCCCAGUUGGUGGCGUCCUCUUCACAUUCUCCAGCAUCUCUUGGAUGCGUGCAGACGAGCGACAAUGGCAAUCAAAAGUCCCCACCGUUUAUCUUCAGUAUCAAGGCGAAUCAGUACUUAACGCAUACCCGUAUGCUGGCUAUUGAUGACAAGUCAGAGGAACAUAUAAUGCACUUCUUUGUGAAUCGAUGUUCUAUACUAGGGCGACACCUUGGACCCGUGCUCCUACAGCUUCCCCCGCAGUUCCAGAAGAACCAUGUGAAUAUGGAACGCAUUGAGGCUGUCGCCGCACGAAUUCCGAAAGCUUUUUCUGUCGCUGUAGAGUUUCGCCACCGAUCAUGGUAUGAUGAGGGAGUUUAUGCACUUCUUCGUCGUCUGGGGUGGGCACUCGUCGUAGCGCAUCACCACGACGAUCCCACUGCGUCAGUGCACGUCGACACCGGGGUGGAUUUUAUGUACGUUCGUCUACACGGCCCUAUUGGAUUGCAUAUUGGGGACUACGGGCCGGUAAUUCUGUCGCAGUGGGCAGAGCGUGUUGUUGACUAUAUUUGUGGCGGGGUGGUAUCAGCUGCUGCUGCAGACCAAUCCCAACCCAUGGCAGUAAACGCACAUGGGCGGGAGGUGUAUUUCUUUUUUAACAACAGCGACUCACACGUUGGUGGAACCACAAGUUCGACUGUGGAUGCCACUUUUUUAGCCCAGCGGGUGGGGGAGCUAUUGGCCGAAAAGAGCCGAAGCUGCAUGGUGGCCGACAGUCAGAGCAACAGCUGUAGCGAUGUGGAUGUUGUGACGAUUAUCAGUGAAUAG